AUGUGCUCACACAAGUUAUUAUUGGAAUUUCUCGAAGUCCGUGGCACCUGCUCAAGUGCAAUUCCACCUCCAAUGGCACCAAUAACCAGAAGUGAACGACCCAGAAACUUAAAGAAUCAGGUUAAACCCAAGGCUCAAGUAUUCGUGACCACUUCCAAACGGAAUUGUGGAAUUUGUUCAGGCGAACACCGGGUGAUGAAUUGUGAAGAGUUCCUCAAAAUGCCAGUCCCCAAACGCGAAAAAACUGCUACCAAUCUAAGCUUGUGCUUCAACUGUCUGAGUCGUGGACAUGGGACAAAGGAGUGUCUCAGCACCUUCAAAUGCAAGAGAUGCAACAAAUCUCACCACACACUUCUCCACCAUGACAAGCCGGGUUCAUACAGCUCAUCAAUGACUAGUACCCAAGCCUCCACAGCAGCAGCAUCAUCAAAUACAUCAACCCUAACAGCAUGA